AUGUCCUGCCAGCAGAGCCAGCAGCAGUGCCAGCUUCCUCCCAAGUGUUGUCCUCCUAAGUGUCCUCCUGUCUCUUCCUGCUGCAGUCUGGGUUCUGGGGGCUGCUGUGGCUCCAGUUCCGGGGGCUGCUGCAGCUCUGGCGGUGGUGGCUGCUGUCUGAGUCACCACAGGCCCCGCAGAUCUCUCCGUCGCCAUCAUCACAGCUCUGGAUGCUGUAGCAGCGGUGGCAGCAGUGGCUGCUGUGGUAGCAGCAGUGGCAGCAGUGGCUGCUGUGGCAGCAGCGGUGGCAGUAGCCAGCAGUCUGGUGGCUGCUGCUGA